UGGUAGCUCCAAUUCAUCCCCGUGCUUCCCUCGCCGGGAGUGAUUGAGGACGAAUUUACACUCCUGUUUUUCUGGAGCCUUCUUCUGCUCCAGACCUCGCGGUGCUACGAGGGUGUUGGUUGUAACCCUAAACCGGAGCGCGUAAUUGUGGCUUGUUUACCGAGAAUUAGCACGUUUGGGGUACGCACCUACCGCUGCAAGGGUGGAAUUCCUCCAAUAACAAUUUGGUUGUGCUGAAUUGCUGUCUGCACGGUGCCCCGUGCAGGGGUCCGGAGAUUAAUGCUUUUUUGCCAGCUGCGGAUAUAGCAAAUGAGCGACAUGUUAUAGGAUGUAUUAGCUCGACAAUUGCCCCUACUCGUUGCUUACAGAUAAUGUGUGGUAAAGGCUCAUAAGUACUUUUUAAGCCUGCCUGAAAUUUGAGUUAGCUGGUUCACUGAAUUAAUUAGUUUUGCUACUGAUACACUGAGCAUCACAAAGCUAUUUUACAGUCACAUGGGUGUCUUGAGCAAAGGACAUGGGUGUGACCAAUGGUAAAUAAUUUGAUAAGAGGUUGCUGGUAAUUGCUUCAGAAGUACAAGCACUCUUUUUUUGCAUGUGUCUUAGGUUUGCAGUUUUUUCCUCUCAAUUCCUUAAGCAAUCUGUCUCAUGUGAAAUACCUGUGAAUCAAAGAGUGCUUUAGCAUGUUGGUCGGACAAUUCUCUGGCUUAUAUGAUGCAAGUUCAGUAUGUACCAUGGCAAAACUUUCUGGAAAUCCCCCUUUUCAGCUUAUGUGUGCACGCACCUUCCUUUUUGUAGAUUGCACAAUUUUGCUGCAAUCAGAAAUUGUAGUCGAUAAUAGCCCCUCCAAGAGUGUAAAUACCAAAGAGCAGAUUAUUUCUAUUACAGCUGAGAAAACAAGUGCUACUGAUGCGCGUGGCUCUACCUCCUUAAAGUCACCAGAAGGUGCACAUGAGAAGGCUAAUUUUUUGGGAAAAGGUGGAGAACAGCCUUAUGUCUACCAGCCCAAUGUGAAUGUACCACAGCCACAGACAGUCUAUUCUGGAGGAUACAUCAAUCCUUCAGGGCAAUGGGAAGAGUAUCCCUAUUAUGUGAGUAUGGAAGGACUCCAUUCUGCGUCACCUUCAAUCAUGCUAUCUCCUGGGUAUGCGAACAACCCCCAAAUGAUGUAUGGAGCUUAUUCUCCUGUUUCAACUGUUGGAGAGGGCCAGUCCUAUUCCCCUAUGCACUUCCCCUUCUCAAGUCCUUACUAUCAGCCACCGGCUUCUCUUAGUAUGGGAUACUCAAAUUCUAGUACUGGAAUGUCUCAAGGAGACCCUAUGCUUCAGCAAGAGUACUUCCUUCCUGAUGGUCUUCUCUAUUCACCCACAACAGUGUACCACCAACCAUUUGAGUCAUACAACAGAGCGGCAACACAACCAAGCAGUGCUCCGGGAUUAUUUGGGCAAGGGAAUGCACCAUUGGUUUCUGGAAUGCAGCAUGGAUCAAUGUAUAAUUCUGGAUCCUACAAGGCACGCCAACAAGCUAGUAAAUAUGGAGGCACUACUCCUAAUUGGGGUUCUGCUGGUCGUAGAUUUAAUAAUUUCGACUACAACUCCAGUCAACAAAGGGGGAGCAUGCCAUUCAAUAUCCAGAAUGGUGCAUUGGAGUUUCUGAAUGAGCAAAACCGUGGCCCACGUGCUGCAAAACCAAAGAAACAAGACAGAGACAAUUCUUUAGUAGAUGACAAAAGCGAGAAAACCACUCAACUUAUUGACAGUGAACUGUACAAUUGUCCUGAUUUUGCCACGGAGUACAAGGAUGCGAUUUUUUUUGUAAUUAAAUCAUACACGGAGGACCAUGUACAUAGGAGCAUUAAGUACAAUGUUUGGGCCAGCACAGCUAGUGGCAAUAGAAAGCUGGAUUCAGCUUAUCGUGCGGCCAAACAGAAAGAAGACCAUUGCCGUGUUUUCUUGUUCUUCUCGGUUAAUGGCAGUGGUCAGUUCUGUGGUGUUGCUGAGAUGAUUGGACCUGUUGACUUCGACAGAAGUGUUGAUUACUGGCAGCAAGACAAGUGGAGUGGCCAGUUUCCUGUGAAGUGGCACAUUAUUAAGGAUGUCCCAAACACCCUACUCCGGCACAUCACUCUUGAGAAUAAUGACAACAAACCUGUAACAAAUAGCAGGGACACCCAGGAGGUCAAGCUAGAGUAUGGUCUCCAGAUGCUAAGCAUAUUCAAGAAUCAUGAGGCUGAGACAAGCAUUGUGGAGGACUUCGACUUCUAUGAGCAACGGGAGAAAGCCUUGAAGGAAAAUAGACGUCAGCAGCAGCCUGGCAGCGCAGAGUCCCUGAAGCCAACAGACGCUAAGGCUGUAGGGAACUCUGUUACUCAUAUCGCGGACUCAUUUUCUCGGAGUGUCCAGCUGAAAGAAAUUGAGAAAAGUGAUAACAAACUGACAGCUGAUGGUGCCAUCUCAGUGAAUGAUGCACAGACAGCUACCGUCAAGGCCGAAGAAAGCAACACAAACAAAACUAAAGGUCCUGUGGAGGAGAGCAGUUGAUUUAUCUCCUGCCAUUUACUAGUUUGGAGCAGCAGUUGGAUCCAUAUGAUUUGAUGCUCGUCUGGAGUUGAGAAGGGAAAAAGAUGCCGAUUCGAGUCAGUCGUGGGCUGCUGCUGCUUCAGUUGUGAACAUCAUAGUCCUUGUUUUGCCUCCACUUAGGUUAUAGUUUCAAUAUCAUAGUUCCAAAAUUCUUGUUCGUGGAUCCUUGCUUCCGUGUUCUUUCUUGUUUUCUUCUCUUUGUUUUUACUUGUGUUGUGUCCUGAAUGCUGUUCAGUUUUAGUGGCCUUCUCAUCUCCUUUUGGUUUACCCGUCUGUCAUAAAUGCUGUCGAGUUUUAGUGGUACCUGCAUCGUGUUGUGAAAUGUUCCCUUCUAUUAGUGUUUUAGCCGUAUUCUCAUUCUCA